GUAUGUGCAAUCCUCGCAAUUACAGUGACACACCUCCAACAUCCAAGAGCACUGUUGAGGAGUUGCAUGAACCGAUUCCUUCACUUUUCCGGGCCCUGACAGAAGGGGAUACUCAGCUGAACUGGAAUAUCGUUUCCUUCCCUGUGGCAGAAGAACUGUCGCACCAUGAGAACCUCGUUUCCUUUUUAGAAACAGUGAACCAACCACAGCAUCAGAACGUAUCUGUCCCAAGCAACAAUGUCCACACACCUUACUCUAGUGACAAAG